ACAAAGGCGAGCUGAUCGAAGGACACCUUCCCUUCAGUCAGGCCUCCCACAGUGAAUCCCCGUAAGUAGAAAUGCGGCGAGAUUACUCAUUGUAGGGUGGCAAGCGGCAGUUCACAUGAUCAGUCGACGAGUCUGCUUGGUGCAGCUCAAUCGGCACGGCAAGAGUGAAGAGACAACGAGCGGGCUCAGGCCGGACAGUUGGGCUAUCGCUAGUGCCUACGAUGGGCGUGGAAGGUGGGAGAGAGAGCGGGAGGAGACAUGACGCGCCUCCGGAUACGGGCCGCACUACCGGGGCAUGCUCAUGGAUUGCUCAGCGGCGCCAGCCGGGUAAAUAAGCAUCGUCGUUGACGUCGCCGCACUUGUUCCUUCCUCCCACCCUCACCAUCCCCCGCGCACAACCAACCUUCCGAAAUGGCCCGCCCCCGCUCCGCGUCCGGAACGAUCCCCUCGAUGGAGGCCUCGCACGAAGAGCUCAAAGAUAACACGAUCAUCAUCGUCGCCGGCGCAUCGGGUGACCUGGCGAAGAAGAAGACCUUCCCCGCCCUCUUCCGCCUCUUCCGCCAGAACUUCCUCCCCCGCGAUGUCCACAUCGUCGGCUAUGCGCGCACCAAGAUGGAUCACGAGGAGUUCCUCAAGCGCGCGACGUCCUACCUCAAGGUCGCCGAUGAUGACCAGGACGGCCAGGCGCAGGUAGAGAAGUUCAAGGAAGUGCUGUCGUACGUCGCCGGCGACUACGAGGACGGCGCCGCGUUCGACAAGCUCGAGGAGCGCUUGCAGGAGAUCGAGUCCAAGUACCAGUCCAAGGAGGCCAACCGCAUCUUCUACCUCGCUCUCCCGCCCACCGUCUUCGUGCCAGUCGCGAAGAACCUUAGGGAGCACUGCUACGUCCAGAAGAACGGCGUGAACCGCAUCAUCGUCGAGAAGCCGUUUGGGAAGGACCUCGACUCUGCGCGGGAACUGCUCGGCUCGCUCAAGAAGUACUGGUCCGAGGAUGAGACGUUCCGUAUCGACCACUACCUCGGAAAGGAGAUGGUCAAGAACAUGCUGGUCCUGCGCUUCGCGAACGUCGCCCUGAACGCUGCCUGGGACAAGAACUCCAUCAGCAACGUCCAGAUCACCUUCAAGGAGCCUUUCGGCACCGAGGGUCGCGGUGGCUACUUUGACGACUUUGGCAUCAUCCGCGAUGUUGAGCAGAACCAUCUGCUCCAGGUGCUCAGUGUCAUCGCGAUGGAGCGUCCGGUCUCUUUUGCCGCCGAGGACAUCCGUGACGAGAAGGUCAAGGUCCUCAGGUGCAUCCCGCCCAUCGCCCGCGAAGAUACCCUCCUCGGCCAGUAUGUUGCCGCAAACGGCAAGCCCGGCUACCUCGAUGACGACACGGUCCCGCACAACUCGGUCUGCCCCACGUUCGCCGCCUGCACCCUAUGGGUCAACAACCCGAGAUGGGAGGGCGUGCCCUUCAUCCUCAAGGCCGGCAAGGCCCUGAACGAAGCCAAGGUCGAGGUCCGCAUCCAGUUCAAGGACGUCACGCAGGGCAUCUUCAAGGACAUCUCCCGCAACGAGCUCGUGAUGCGCAUCCAGCCCUCCGAGGCCGUCUACCUGAAGCUGAACGCGAAGACGCCGGGCCUGUACACGCGCGCGCUGCCGAUCGAGAUGGACCUGACGUACAAGCGCCGCUUUGCGGAGACGAACAUUCCCGAAGCGUACGAGGCGCUCAUCCUCGACUGCCUGAAGGGCGACCACAGCAACUUUGUGCGCCACGAUGAGCUGGAUGUGGCGUGGAAGAUCUUCACGCCGAUCCUGCACUGGAUAGAUGGGCAGGCGGGUGCGCGCCCGAAGCCGGUGCCAUACCCGUACGGCUCGCGCGGGCCGAAGGAGCUGAGCGCCUUCAUCGAGAAGUACGGCUACAAGCGGAGCACGGACAUGUACACAUGGCCCGUGACAAACAUGGCGCAGCUGUGACUAGAUGCGCUGGAGCGCGAGGCAAACGACAAGAAAAUGAAGUGUACGAGUAGUAGCGUAUCGAGGCCCGGCAGCUGCAUCAUAGCAUGAAUGAGUGUUCAUGUAUACGACGGUGGCGCGGAGGCCUAUAUAGGAUUUUACUGUACGAUGUGUUCAGAGGAAAAUGUACGAUCUAUGCAUUGGCUGGAUGGACUGAGAUACGACCGUCGUGUAGGGCUCUCGGAGUGUGCACUAAAGAUCAGUGAGUGAGAACAAGCGUCAUGUUACUUGGUAUGCUUGAUGAGAG